UUCGCCGCGCAACUCCAGGAAGCGAUUAGAGAUAACGAAUCCCCCGAGCCAGAGGACGAGGAGAAAGAGAAAUCCCUAAACGAGCAGAUCCAGGGUUAGGGUUUUACCACACCCCAACAAUGGCGGGCGCCGGCAUGCACCCCUACCACCAGCAGUGGGUGCCUCCACCCGCUCCAGCUGUCGCGCCUCCCGUCCCCGUCGAUGCCCCCAACCGCCCGCCCGCUGACGAGAUUCGGACGGUCUUCAUCACGGGCCUCCCCGGGGACGUGAAGGAGAGGGAGCUCCACAACCUGCUGAGGUGGUUGCCGGGCUUCGAGGCGUCACAGAUCAACUUCAAGGCGGAGCAGCCCAUGGGGUUCGCCCUCUUCUCCACGGCGCAGCAUGCCAUUGCCGCCAAAGACGCGCUUCAGGACUUGGAGUUUGACGUUGAGAUGAAGUCCGCCCUCCACACAGAGAUGGCAAAGAAGAACCUUUUUGUCAAAAGAGGUGUGGCAUCUGAGUCGAGUUCAAUCGAUCAAAGUAAACGUCUACGGACUGGUGGAGAUUAUACUCAUGCAGGCUAUGCAGCUCCACCAUUUCAUCCACAACCAACUCCUGUUUGGGGAAAUCCAGGUGGCUAUAUUGCCCCACAUCCACCUCCACCAUAUGACCCAUAUGGAGGUUAUCAAGUACCUCAGGUAGCCAUGACCACCCCUCCUCCCCUGCCAGCUUCCAGUCGUUAUGCCCCCGUUCAGAAUAAUAAAGAUAAUCCUCCAUGCAAUACUCUCUUCAUUGGAAAUCUUGGUGAAAAUGUAAAUGAGGAAGAAGUCAGAGGCCUUUUCAGUGUUCAACCUGGUUUCAAGCAAAUGAAAAUCUUGCGGCAGGAGAGAAAUACAGUUUGCUUCAUUGAGUUUGAGGAUCUGAAUAGUGCUACGACUGUUCAUCAGAAUCUGCAGGGUGCGGUUCUUACUAGUUCUGGCCGCGGUGGCAUGCGAAUUCAAUUUUCAAAGAACCCUUUUGGGCGACGGAAGGACUUCAUCAAUGGUGCUGCAUCGGAACCUAACGGAGCUCCUACUUACCAGCAGUGACACAAAGGGAUGUAUUUUUGCUCUAUUUGCUCAAUCAUGAAGAUUAUGGAACAGGAAUGGAUUGCAUCAUGGAAAUUACACAAAAGUUAUCAUCAGCAUCCUUGUGUGAAUGAACCUGGUGAUCAUGAGUGUCAUUAUCAUCUUUCGCAAUGCACGAGUUCUCAAAAGGCAUCAUGAUCUGUUGGUAAUUGUGCAUUGGCAUCAUCAACAUGGAUAAUUGUUCAUCUAUAUGCUGUUUACAUUGUUCAGUAUGAUCUGCUAUUUUAUUAUGCAUCGGCAUCAGUGAAUUCUAGUUUAUCUGUGCAGUUGAAGCACUAUAUUUGUCUAAUGGACAAUAUGGUCGAAACCGACCAUUCUUGCAUUGCUAUACAACUUGAUCUUCAAGCAACUUGCUAUUGCAAUCUCAUUGCAUUGAAGGAAAGCUGCCAGAACUCAUGUCAUGUCAUGGCAUAUCAUAGCUUGGGACCAUGGGCCAUUACAUUAUCAUCAAUCCACAUUCAGCAAUUCAUCAUUCAUGCUUUUGCUUAGCAGCAUGAAACUGAUCAAUAUGUUUUUUACCUCCAGGCUUGCAUAAAGCCAUUAUUCGCAGGGUUUGGUGGUCUGUGUUUGUUUGCAGAAUAUUUUGAGAUGGAGCACACUUCAGUGCUAUGGUGGUCUUUGGAGAUGGAGCUGAAAAUGUCAAAAGUUGGUAAGUUUCCUGUGAAGUGUGGAUGUCUACAUCCCUGAUGUAGCUGUAGCUACCAUUCUAAGGUGACUUGACACUAUGUGGAGAUAUAGAAAUUGAUAGGUUUGAACACAUUUCAACUUAGUUAAUUGGGCAUUUAUUGGAGCAAA